AUGGUUGCAAGAUCUCGAAAGCAGAAGAGGAACGACGCUCUCCGGAUCAUCCUGUUAGGAAAGACCGGAGCAGGAAAGAGCGCGGCGGGAAACACCAUCCUGGAUCGAGAGGCGUUCCAGUCGGAACUUUCCUCUUCGUCGUGGACGUUUCAGUGUAAGAGAGCCGACGGCGAGGUCGGCAGUCGACAGGUGGCCGUCAUCGACACCCCGGGGCUUUUCGACACUAACUUCAACGAAGAAGAAGUCCUGAAGAAGAUCCAGCCGUGCAUGUCUCUGUCUGCUCCCGGUCCUCACGCCUUCCUCGUGGUUCUUCAGCUCGGACGCUUCACCAAAGAGGAGAGGGACACCAUCAGGGUCCUCCAGAGCUUUUUUGGAGAGCAGGCAGCCAAAUAUUCCAUCGUGCUGUUCACGCACGGAGACAAACUUAAGAAACAAACGAUAGAAACCUUCAUCUCCAAGAGUGAAGACCUGCAGGGCUUCAUUGAGCUGUUCUAUGGCCGGUACCACGUCUUCAACAACCAGAUCAAAAACCAGGACCAGGUCCAGCAGCUGCUGGACAAAAUCGACAGAAUGAUCCUGGAGAACGAGGGAGGAUUCUACUCGGCUAAAAUGUUCAAGAAAGCAAAGAAGGCGUCGAAGAAAGAGAAGAAGAGAGCUUUAAAGGAGCAGAGGAAUGAGGAGCAGGAGAGGAGGAACACGCUGAGGGCUGAGGUGGCCAGAGAGAUGGGACUGACCGAGGAACCCAAGGAUCACAAUAAAUGUGUUCUGCAGUAG